GGGCUAAGUCCAGUUUCCAGGGAUGGUCAGCCCCACCCCUUACUACCCUUGGGUCCAUGUAUUCAGACUUUGACACGGCGUGCUGCUCUCCUGGCUGUCAGGCAGAGGGACUGAAGUCAGAACGGUCUCCCCUAAAAAAAAAAAAAGGAGUCUCCUUGCAGGAAACAGGACCCUGCACCCCAGAAUCUGCCACGUUUCUCCACAGGUCUGCUCCGUGGGGCCAGCCCGAUGCAUGUGGUGGUGAUUGGAGCGGGGGUCAUCGGGCUUUCCACUGCCCUGUGCAUUCACGAGCGCUACCACUCUGUCCUGCAGCCACUGGACAUAAAGAUCUAUGCCGACCGCUUCACCCCGCUCACCACCACUGAUGUGGCUGCUGGCCUCUGGCAGCCCUAUCUCUCUACCCCCAGCGACCCCCAGGAAAUGGAGUGGAACCGGCAGACCUUUGACUAUCUCUUGAGCCACGUGCAUUCUCCCGAUGCUGAGCAAAUGGGCCUGGCUCUGGUCUCAGGCUACAACCUCUUCCGUGAAGCCAUUCCGGACCCUCCCUGGAAAGACAUAGUUCUGGGAUUUAGGAAGCUCACCCCUAGAGAGCUGGAUGUGUUUCCUAAUUACAGCUACGGCUGGUUCAAUACAAGCCUGAUCUUAGAGGGGAAGAGCUAUCUGCAGUGGCUGACUGAAAGGUUGAAAGAGAGGGGAGUGCAAUUCUUCCAGCGGAAGGUGAAGUCUUUGGAGGAGGUGGCAGGAGGAGGUGUGGACGUGAUUAUCAACUGCCCAGGGGUGUGGGCUGGGACCUUGCAGCCUGACCCCCUGCUGCAGCCAGGCCGGGGGCAGAUCAUCAAGGUGGAGGCCCCGUGGAUGAAACACUUCAUUAUCACCCAUGAGCCGGGGAGCGGUAUCUACACAUCCCCCUACAUCAUCCCAGGGAUGCAUUCUGUGACGCUUGGAGGCAUCUUCCAGCUGGGGAACUGGAGUGAGGUGAGCAGUAGCCAGGACCAUGCCACCAUCUGGAAGGGCUGCUGCAGCCUGGAGCCCACGUUGAAGAAUGCAAGAAUUGUUGGUGAAUUUACUGGCUUCCGGCCAGUUCGCCCCCAGAUCCGACUAGAAAGAGAACGGCUUGGCUCAGGAUCUGCAAAUGCAGAGGUCAUCCACAACUAUGGCCAUAGUGGCUACGGGCUCACCAUUCACUGGGGUUGUGCCCUGGAGGUGGCUAAGCUCUUUGGGAAAAUUCUGGAAGAAAAGAAGUUGUGCAGGAUGCCACCAUCCAACCUCUAAGGACUCCCAUGAUCAGGAGGACUCCUCAUACCCCUCAACCUACUAAUCAACAGUGUUCCCUGAGACGCCCCCACCCCUGGCUUCCUUCCAAACAGGAGGCAGCUGAUUGGAGGAAAUGUCAAGGCCAUUACUGGAGGGAAAUCCAAUCUCCCUUCUACCCCCUCUGCUGGCACCUGGGCCUCUGGGUCUGAGGCUGUGGGCAGCUGGAGCUCUAAUCCCACAAAUUCUCAGAAGAAAGGAAAACACAGAAAAUCAAAGAAGCCAGCUGCUCAGAGCCAAAAGGAAAAAAAUAACAAGGCUAGAUAAGGUUAAGUAAUCAGAUCAUAAGUCACACUAAUGUAUUAAAGGUUUUGGAAAGAU